AUGUUGAAAGGGUUUACAAAGCAUUACCACAAAGAAGGCCAGGGGUCCAGAGAAGUUGUUGUGCUUUAUCCAGAAUUCAACUCCAUCGAUGAGAGCCUUGAUGGUGAAAGCACACUAGUUGUACUCUUUAAUCUUGUUGAUGUCCCUGAUGACUUGAGGAAGAGAAACAGCCACUCAGAUGGUGCGAAGAGCUCAACCUCUUUGUUUCCUUGGGGCAAAUCCAAGACAGCAAGCACAUCCUCAUCCUCAAACUUCAACUUCUCUUCAUUGGGAAAGGUGAGGGUCCAUGAGCCAGGAGGAGCAGGAGCAGGAGCAGCCCCAUCUGUGCUUACCAAGGAGUCCUUUUCUCGGAUUUAG